AUGCUCAGGGGCUUGCGCUUCAAGGUGAUGGAGGGGCUGGUGAUGAUGCUGAUGAUGGAGCCGAAGCUUGACGAUGAGGCUAGACCUGCAGCAGCACUCGAGGCUGGCCAGGCUUGGCUAAGGGCUCGAGCUCUCACGCUCAAGCUGCACCCCCAGAUAUCACUUCCCUUUUACCACACCUCUUUACUACCCGCCCCCCUCUAUUUUACCCUCCGCCUCCAUCUGAGCGACAAGAUCAGCAUGCAAGACUGCUUCCUCCACCAUCAGACUCCCCCAGCCAUCGACCCGGCAGCACACGACGAGUCGGUGGACGAGGCUGUCGCGCGCCUGGCGGCCAGCCAGCCAGCCUUCGCCGACCCCUUCCUCCAAGACAGCCAGGCCCUACACGCCCAUCCCCUCCUCGAGCACUGGCAGUGGGACCCGCCUGGCGAGGACGUCAAGAGCGACGCGAGCGCGGGGAAGGAGGAGGGCGGGGGAGGGUCGGGGUCAGCAGGCAGGCCCAAGACAAAGCAGCCCGCCUUCAGGCGUCACCCCUGGACCGAGGAGGAGGAGGCGCGCUUCCGGAUCGCGCUGGAGAUGUUCGGGCCCAAGGAGCGGAGCUUGGUGACGCAGGGCAGGAUCCCCGUGGGGCUAGGGGCGGGGGCGGCGAGGAGCAUGGCGAGCUUCAUCGGGACGAGGUCGGUCCAGCAGGUCAGGUCGCACGCCCAGAAGCACUUCAUCAAGCAGGAGGCGUCACAGUAG